AUGGGUCAAGUGAGUGGAGUCUCCGGUGGUGGAGCUUGGGGACGUAGGCCACAGGUUUCUUCGGAUCCACCGGUUGUAGCUUCUUCGUCUCAGGUUCCAGUGAGUGUUCCCGUUGCUGCUGGAGUCUCCGGUGGAGGAGCUUGGGGACGUAAGCCACUGGUUUCUUCUGAUUCGACGGUUUCAGCUUCUUCUUCGUCGUCGUCCACCGUCGUGGCUUCUGAAACAGCUCGCGGUUCUGAAGUUAGGAAUCCGGUGCCAUCUGUACAAGUUGCUGCUACUGAUAAGAAAGAGCCGAUGAAGCGUCCUGAUAAAGGUGGUGUUGUGGCUGUGCGGCGUGUGAAUCUCUAUGUCAACCAUUUUCGAGUGAAUUUCGAUCCCGAAAGCGUCAUUGGACACUAUGAUGUCGAGAUCAAAGGAGAGAAUCCUACAAAGAAGAUAUCUAGAUUUGAGCUAGCUAUGGUCAGGGACAAGGUGUUCACCGACAAUCCUGAUGAGUUUCCCUUCGCCAUGACUGCUUAUGAUGGUCAGAAGAACAUUUUCAGCGCAGCGAAAUUGCCUACUGGGUCAUUUAAGGUGGAUUUCCCUCAAACCGAAGAGAUGAGAGCUCGAAGCUACACGUUUACCAUCAAACAGGUGAAUGAGCUUAAGCUUCGUGAGUUGAAAGAGUACAUGACGGGGAGAUCUUCUUAUGUUCCUCGUGAAGUCUUGCAAGGAUUGGAUGUUGUGAUGAAGGAGCAUCCUUCAAAGUGUAUGAUCACUGUUGGUAAAAACUUUUUUACUCGUGAAACUGAGAAGGAUGAAGACUUUGGCUUUGGUGUGGCUGCUUCUAAAGGUUAUCGGCACUCUCUAAAGCCCACAGCACAAGGUUUAUCGUUGUGUUUGGACUACUCCGUCUUGGCGUUCCGUAAGGCAAUGUCAGUCAUCGAGUAUCUGAAGUUGUACUUUGACGUGCCUGAUUUUCGUCAGUUUAGGAAUUUUAGGAACAACGUGGAGAAGGAACUGACAGGGUUGAAAGUCACUGUCAAUCAUCGGAAGAACAAGCAGAAACUCACCAUUGUAGGAUUGAGUAAGGAAGAUACAAAAGACAUCAAAUUCGAUCUUAAUGAUCCAGAGGGCAAGGAGCCACCGAGGAAAAUCUCCCUUGUUGAGUAUUUCAGGACGAAGUAUGGAAGAGACAUUGUUCACAAGGAUAUUCCUUGCCUUGAUUUGGGCAAAAACGGCAGGCAAAAUUUUGUGCCCAUGGAAUUCUGCGAUUUGGUCGAGGGACAGAUUUAUCCAAAGGAUGACUUGGAUAAAGAUUCAGCCUUAUGGUUGAAGAAGCUGUCCUUGGUCAAUCCACAACAAAGGCAGAAGAAUAUACAGAAGAUGAUAGAGUCUGUUGAUGGACCUAGCGGUGGAAAAACCAUUGGGAACUUCGGAAUGAAAGUGGAGACGAAAAUGACUCCAGUGGAAGGUCGUGUACUCAAGGCUCCAGCGCUGAAGUUGGCAGACAGAGGCAGAGCAUGCCGUGAGGAACCCAACCCGAGACAGAACAACCAAUGGAACCUUAUGAAGAAGGGAGUUACAAGGGGUUCAGUAAUCAAGCAUUGGGCUGUUCUUGACUUCACUGGUAACAGGAUGCCUAAUGGCUUUGUUGAAAACCUCAUUGAACGUUGUUGGAGACUCGGGAUGCAACUGGAGCAACCUAUCGUUUACAAAGCAUCAAGAAUGGAAACGCUUUCUAAUUAUAAUGCUCUAGAGGAAUUGCUUCGAAGUGUGAUCGAUGAGGCUUUCCGUGAGCAUAAUGGGGCUCGUCCAACUCUUAUUCUUUGUGCUAUGUCUGGUAGGGUCGAUGGUUACAAGACUUUGAAGUGGAUAGCCGAAACCAAGCUUGGUCUGGUGACUCAAUGUUUCUUGACCGGUUCUGCCGCUAAAGGAGGUGAUCAGUACCGCGCAAAUCUUGCCCUCAAAAUCAAUGCGAAGGUUGGUGGAAGUAAUGUUGAAUUGAUGGAUACUUUCUCGUUUUUCAAAAGAGAGGAUGAGGUGAUGUUCAUUGGAGCUGAUGUCAAUCAUCCUGCUGCUCGGGACAAGAUGAGCCCAUCCAUUGUUGCUGUUGUGGGUACUCUAAACUGGCCUGAAGCGAACCGUUAUGCAGCUAGAGUCAUCGCCCAGCCUCACAGAAAAGAGGAGAUAGAAGGAUUUGGCGAUGCUUGUUUAGAGUUGGUAAAAGCUCAUGUUAAGGUCACCGGGAAACGGCCUAACAAGAUUGUAAUAUUUCGCGAUGGUGUCAGUGAUGCUCAGUUCGAUAUGGUUCUCAAUGUGGAGUUGCUGGACGUCAAGCUCACUUUUGAGAGGAAUGGGUACAAUCCUAAGAUUACUGUAAUCGUGGCGCAGAAGCGUCAUCAAACCCGUUUCUUCCCUGCCACAAACAAUGAUGGAAGUGAUAAGGGCAAUGUGCCUUCAGGUACAGUGGUUGAUACCAAAGUCAUCCACCCGUUUGAAUAUGACUUCUACCUCUGCAGUCACCACGGUGGGAUCGGGACAAGCAAACCGACUCAUUACUACACUCUGUGGGACGAGCUCGGUUUCACUUCCGAUCAGAUCCAGAAACUCAUCUUCGAGAUGUGUUUCACUUUCACUCGCUGCACCAAACCAGUCUCUCUCGUUCCUCCUGUCUAUUACGCCGACAUGGUUGCCUUUCGAGGAAGAAUAUACUAUGAGGCGAGCUCAAGGGAGAAGAACCUAAGGCAGCCACCACCACGAGGACCACCUUCGCUUGCCUCUUCGUUCUCUGCUCUGACUGUGGAAGACAAAGCGGUCUUCAAGCUGCACGCAGAGCUUGAGAACGUUAUGUUCUUCGUCUGA